AAAAGCACGCCAUGUAUACAAGCGGAGUGAUUAGAAAUGCAUUGUCCGAGGUAAACUGCAUAUAUAACCGCAUCCGAGAUCACUAACAUCGCAUCAGCCAGCAUCGUCACCAGCAUCACUAACCUCACUAUCAUACCAACAUACCAACCCCAACCCCACACGAUGUCUACAACAACCACCACAACAACAACCACUCAACUCCAAACAACAGAGGACGUCCCCGUCCCCCGCGGCUCCAUCAACGCAACAAUCUCCUUUGUCGUUCCCUGGCCCACCACCCCCCUCGACCAACUCUACAACUACGUCGAAGACCCACCCACGGGCACACCAAAGCUAAACUUCGACGAAGUCCCCUUCCAAGUCAACAUAACCGAUGCCCGCGGCACCGAGGAUAAAUACACCCUCGACGAAAACGCUUUCGCUGUGCUCAAGGAUGUACACACGGAUACCAGCUAUCAGACGUAUGAUGAUGAUAAAGAGGUGGAGAGAGUGUACUACCCUGAGGUUGAGAAGUUGUUGUUAGACAACGUCCCCGGCGCGCACAAGGUCGUGAUAUUCGACCAUACGAUUCGUCGACAAGGGCCUGGAGCAGCUAGACAGCCCGUGAACCGCGCACACGUCGACCAAUCCGCCGCCGCAGCCGCAGAGCGCGUACGCCUCCACGUCUCUGACAAAGCUGAAGCAGAAGAGUUGCUCAAAGGUCGUUUCCGGAUAAUCAACGUCUGGCGCCCGAUCAACGGCACCGUCGUCUCUGCCCCACUAGCCUUAGCAGACGUUAAGAGUAUCGUCCCCGAACGAGACCUGGUGAAUAUCCAGCAUCGGUAUCCGCACCGCAACGGGGAGAUUAUGGGUGUUUUUCAUUCUGAUGAGCAACGGUGGUUGUAUAUUUCUGGGUUGCAGAAUGAGGAGAGACUAUUGUUGAAGUGUGCAGAUUCUGCGGAGGGCACGGCUUUAGGAGAUGGUGGGGUGGUUGCGGGGAGGGCACCACAUAGUGCAUUUGUGGAUCCGAGGAGUGUGGAGGGGCAGGGGGGGAAACCGAGGGAAAGUAUUGAGGUUAGGACGUUGGUUUUUGGUUAGCUUUACCGGGAUACUAUUCUGGGGAAGGUUACUUGAGGUAGGGCUCCUGGACCGGGGAUAGGGAAGAUAUUCCGAGUUAGGGCUCAUUAAUGUCAUUGUUGGGUCAGUGGGGUUAUGAUCAUGUUGAUAUAAUUUUUGAUAUUUUUGUAUCUGAACGCACUGCAGUCAUUAUCAUGUCACUGUAUUUAUCCAUAAACCCUACCUCAACGUCGUAGUCCACUCCAAUUCAAUCAAACAACAGGCAUGCUCCGCACC